GUGGUAGUUAGAGGAGAAUAAAACCCGGGAGAGAAAGGUACCUCGGUCCACUAUUCUCUGCAAUCCACCCAGACCCAAAGAGUCAGAAUGUCUGCAAGAUCCAGCAGUGUUGGCCGCUUCCCCAUUGCCACAAGUAAUGAUGACUUCGUAAAGCCACCACUGUCUACAUAUGGUCAGUUAUCAGUGCGCUCUAUAGACCUCCUCAAGUCCAAAUCAGGCCAAAACCGCCUGGAGCAUCACACGGACCGUUACCAAAGUGAUAACCUCAUCAUCCGUCGAGGGCAGAGCUUUCAGAUGUGGAUCGAGCUCUCAAAAGCUUUUGACCCCAAAUCUGACAAACUAACCCUCGAGUUCAAGCUAGGCCUUCUUUCAGCGUUAUCAAAAGACACCCUAGUGACUGUUCCUGUAGUCGACAAGUUAGAGAACAAUAGAUGGGAGGCCAAGAUUAUCGAACAGAAAGACACCAGGAUAAAACUGUCCGUCAACACCUCUCCGACUGCUCCCAUUGGUCGCUAUGAGCUCAGUGUGAAAACAUGGACCCCAAAAGGAAGUAACACAUAUCUUCGCAAGCCUGAAAAUGAUAUUUACCUGCUAUUUAACCCCUGGUGUGAAGAUGACUCGGUGUUUAUGGAUAAAGAGGACGAGAGGAACGAGUAUGUCCUGAACGAUUUGGGAACACUCUACCUUGGAAGUGACAGUCAGAUUUCAUCCAGAACCUGGAUUUUUGGACAGUUUGCUGAUGGGAUUCUCGCAGCAUGUCUGUUCAUACUGGAGAAGAGUCAAGGACGUGCUUCAGGUUGGGGAGAUCCCGUUAAUAUUGUCAGACUUGUGUCAGCCAUGGUCAACUCUCCUGAUGACCAAGGUGUGGUGGAAGGGAACUGGUCGAGUAACUAUGCGAACGGGACGUCGCCAACGUUGUGGAACGGCAGUGUGGAAAUUCUGAGGCAGUACCACAGAACUGGAGGAAAGCCUGUUAAAUACGGCCAGUGCUGGGUCUUUUCAGGGGUCACCAGCACGGUUCUCAGGUGUUUAGGCAUUCCCACCCGCAGUAUCACAAACUUCAGCUCUGCCCACGACACUGACGUUUCCUUGACGACCGAUGUGUAUCUUGAUGAGAAAAUGAGGCCCAUUGAGAGCCUCAACGAUGAUUCAAUUUGGAAUUUUCACGUGUGGAAUGAGUCCUGGAUGGCCCGGCCUGAUCUACCAUUAGGCAUGGGGGGUUGGCAGGUGGUGGAUGCCACACCUCAAGAGACAAGUCAGGGCACGUUCUGCUGUGGUCCUGCUCCUGUGGCAGCCAUCCGUGAUGGACUGGUCUAUCUCAAAUACGAUGCUCCCUUUAUCUUUGCUGAGGUGAAUAGUGACAGGAUCUUCUGGCAGAGACAAGCUGAUGGCACCUUCACUCAGAUCUUCUCUGAGAAGAACGUUGUGGGCCGCUACAUCAGCACCAAGGCAGUCGGUUCUGACCGCAGAGUGGACAUCACACACCUCUACAAAUACCCAGAAGGAUCUGAAGCCGAACGAAUUGCCGUGGAAACUGCUUCCCUCUACGGCUCCAAGCCUAAAAUCUACUCCCAUGCUGUGGUCGAGGAUGUCAAAUUACAGGUCGCCGUUGAAGGGGAGGGGCCGUGGGUGGGUGAAGAUGCUCAGCUGUCCUUCACCGUGAAUAAUGGCAGCUCUGCAAAGCGCAGUAUUGAACUCUACUGCCAAGUGGCGAUCAUGUACUAUACUGGAGUGCUAAAGGGCACAGUGAAGAAGGAUGAAAUAACGGUGAAGCUCAAACCCAACGAAGUCCAGACACUAAAGUGGACUGUUCCAUACGACUUGUACAAGGACAAGCUGGUGGACCAGGCGGCGCUGAUGCUCACCUUGACUGGACGAGUCAGUGAGACCAAGCAGGUUUUGGCCACCAGAUUCAACUUCCGCCUGCGCACGCCCGACAUCAUCCUCACUCCUGUAGGAGACGCUGUGGUGGGGAGAGUGAUGGAGGCUAAAAUCACGUUUAAGAAUCCACUGCAACGCGUCCUGAAGAACGUCGUGUUCCGCGUUGAGGGCUUGGGCUUGCUGAACGCAAAAAACAUUCUCUUCGGUGACAUUGACAGUCAGGUGACCGUCACGCUGCCCGUGAAGUUUACUCCCAGUUUAUCUGGGAUGCGGAAGCUUCUCGCCUCUCUGGACUGUCAGCAGAUCACACAGGUUCACGGUGUCGCUGAAAUCUUCGUCAAGGAGAAGUGAAAACCCAGGGGGAGCGUUAACAAUACACUCACAAUACACUUAUGGUUGACUGGUGCUAUGCCUAAAAAUGCUAUGAUGGCUUGAUUUCUAUAUAUACAAUUACAAGAACUAGCCCUGAUUUCUAUGGCACCCUGCUUGUUUAUAUUUAUUUAUUAUUAUCUCUUAUUAAUCACUAUUCAACUCACAGAACUAUAGUCUGAUGCAAAUCACAACAUUAAUAUCUAAUACUCAUGCUAUAUUCCCAUUUUGUUUAUUAGAGUAUCCUGGUUAUAAAGUAUUAUGUGUAUAUACACUGGUGCACUCUGAUGUUCUUCCUCCAUCCUUGUAUUUGCACUGAAUCCGUUUGUUAAUAAACCAGAUUAAAGAAAA